CUUCAGAGCUGUUGGGGAUCACUGGGCAGAACUUCGGGGAGCUCAAUGAUUGGAAGACUUGGGGAGUAGAGAAGCCAAGCCAAGUCAAGAACCUCUGUGCAGAAAAACAACCACGCCACUUUCCAUUCUUCUGCCUGAGACAACCACAUCCUCCUCCCAUAUCCCACAGGCUUCCAUGGAGGGCUCAGAUGUGGAGCUGGACCUGCAGAGGAGCGUGCAGGCUGUGCUGCGUGAGCUCAGUACCCCGGCCACCACGCUACAGAGCAACCAGGGCAUGUGGAGAUGGUCCCUGCACAAGAAGGUAGAUCGCGAUCCUGCUAAAAGCCCAGUGUUGGUGCGCAUUCUGCUCCGGGAGCUGGAGAAGGCAGAAGGUGAGGACCACCAGCAUGUCCUCAUCCCCUUGCUGCAUACGCUAAUGUACGUGCUCACCAAGGCCACGGGAGUCCCUGAGGAGCUGUACCAGAGAAGCUACACCUUGUGCACCAGGUUGCUGACCCUGCCUGCCCCCUACUGCACAGUCGCCUUGGACUGUGCCGUACAGCUGAAAACAGAGACUGCCGUCCCAGGGACGCUAUACCAAAGGAUGGUCAUUGCUGAACAGAACCUGAGGAGCGAACUGUACCCCUACCAGGAAAGGGUGCUCCUCUUUGUGGACCCGGAGCUGGUGUCUGCCUCAGUGUGCAGCGCGCUGCUGCUGGAGAUCCAGGCAGCGCAGGAGCAGCAGAGCCCCGAGGCCUGCAUGCGCCACGUGGUCGCCCACGCCCUGCAGGCCGCCCUGGGGGAGGCCUGCCACAUAGGUGCUGUGCACCGGAAGCUGCAGGCCAGCUCCCGCCGCAUCCUGGAGCACUAUUUCCACGCCGUGGUGGCAGCGGUGGAGCAGGUGUCGGUGGGCGAGGCCAGCGAGGGCCAGGCGGCAGGACACCUGCAGAGGCUGGAGGAGAUUUACCGCUCGCUGCUAGGGCCCGCGGAGGUCGCCAGGGCGCGCUGCGCAGCCCACACCUUACAGAAGACCUGCCAUGCCCACCUGCUACCCCAUUCCGCUCUGACUGUACUUUUUUACAACUUGAGGAAACAGGAGUCACAGAAAUUCUGCCUCACCCCCAGACUCAGCCUCCAGCUCUACUACAUCCCAGUGCUGGCCCCGCAGGAUCCCACAGCAUCCAGGCAGCCAGAGCUGGGAGACCUGGCCACAUUCCUGGGCCGAGCAGACCCCUGGUACCAGAGCACGGUCAACACCCUGUGUCCCGCCAUCCACAAGCUGGCUGAAAUGCCUCCCUGCCUGGAUACAUCCCAAACAGUUGAUCCCUUCAUCCUGGACGCCAUCACAUACUAUGUUCGCAUGGGUACCCAACCUAUCUAUUUCCAGAUCUACAGGGUCAAGAUCUUCAGUGAUCUGAGCCAAGAACCUACAGAAGACAUUUUCCUCACAGAGCUGAAGAUGAAGAUCCAUGAGCCCAAACCCCCCAAAGAGGGUGCAUCACCCCGGAGGAGAGGGGCAGCAGAGAGCUUGGGUGCUGAGCUCUCCUUGUGCUACCAGAAGGCCCUGCUCAGCCACCGUCACCAAGAGGUGGCCAUCUCCCUUAGGGCCACUGGGCUGGUCCUGAAGGCCAUUCCGGCCAGUGACACUGAAGUUUUGGGGUUCCCCCAUUGCCCCCCAGUGGCUGCGUCUGCAAUGGACCACAUGUGUCUGAAUGUGAGCGUGGCGGAGGUUGUCAAGUCCUGUCACCUGGCGGGAAGGUCCUUCUCGAUGGCGACAAACACCUUCCGGACCUCCAGUAUCCAGGUCCAGAGCCAGGACCACAGGCCACUGAUGCUGUGGUUGGACAAGGACAAUCAGCGCACAUUCAAGGACGUGGUUAGAUUUGAGGUUGAUCCCUGCCCAGAGCCAUGUUCCAGGUCUCAGAGAUCCAAGACGCCAUGGCCCAAUCCAGAAGAGCAGAAGGCAAUGGAACAGACUGAAACCACGUCCAAGCCUCUUCAAAUGCCCAUCAACACCUACUCUGGCAUUGUCCAGUGAGCCCAAUACCAGUGCUAGAAUUGGGCCCAGGGCAGCAGGCACAACAAGAAACACUAUUCCCAGGCUCUCCAAUGCUGGCGCCAACAGCGGAAACGAGGGCCUGACUCCAUUGGAGAGCUCUGGCUUUGACCAGAAGUCUGGGAGGGCCUGGGAGCUCAGGGACCUGGCCAUAGGGAUGUGCGAUGAUGCAGAACACAGAGCAGACCCAGGGGACCCCUGAGUAGAGCCGAGCUGAGAUGGAAUAGGAGCAUGUGCCCCUUGUGAAGCACCCAUUGUGUGUGUUCAUUCCUGUUUGUGCUGGUCCUGGGGCUUGAAUUCAGGACCUAGGUACUGUUCCUGCGUAUU